AUGCGCGCGAGCGCCGGCGCGGACGACGCCGGCGGUCGCGCCGCCGACGCGACUUCGCGCGAGGGACGCGCGACGCGGGAGAUCGCGUUUCGGAAUUACGUCCCGAGGGACGGCGCGCUCGCGGCGGCGAAACUUCCCGCGACGACGGCGCCGGCGCUCGACGUCGCGGCGGCGAGGGACGGCGACGAGGGCGCGGUGACGCUGGGACUCGAACCGAACGUCGGGGACGUCGAUCCGGGGAUGGUGGCGCCGAGACGGGCGAACUGGGAUCUCAAGCGAGACGUCGAGGCGAGGCUGGAAAAGUUGGAGCGACGGACGCGAAGGGCGCUGGUGGACGUCGCGCGCGAAGAGGCGCGAGCGCGCGCGGCGAUGGACGCGUGA